UGUGAUGUGAUUGGCCUGUCCUUGCCAGUCGUGUGAUAUGAUUGGUUCUCUGCAGGUGUGUGAUAUCCAGGGGAACCUGCAGGACGGCAGUCAGGUGGUCGUGUCAGUCAUCUUUGAGAACAAGGGCAGCAGCUUCCUCAAGUCCAUGGAGUUCAACGUGAUGGACUCUCUCAACGCCAAGCUGGUGCGGCCUGAUGGAGCCAGCAUGCACGACGGCAUUGCAGUGCCCUUCCAGCUGCCCCCAGGUGUCUCGAACGAGGCCCGCUUUGUGUUCACCGUCCAGAGCAUCAUCAUGCCUCAGAAACUGAAAGGAACCCUGACCUUCAUCGUGAAGACAGAAGACGGAUCAUCUCAUGAAAAACUUGAUUUCAAACUGCUGUUCACAUGCACGUCGUACCUGAUCACAACGCCCUGUUACAGCGAUGCUUUUGCUAAGUUGUUGGAGUCUGCUGAACUGAAGAUGAACUCUUUGAAACUGGAAGGAGUAACCAUGCCCUUUCACCACCUCCUUGCAAAGAUCUGCUUCCACCACCACUUCUCAGUGGUGGAGCGGAUCGACUCGUGCUCAUCGAUGUACAGCCGCUCUAUCCAGGGGCAUCACGUGUGUCUUCUAGUGAAAACGGGGGACAAGACUGUGUCCAUUGAUGGAAAAUGUGACGAGCCGACCCUCCUGAGCAACGUGCUGGAUGAAAUCAAGAUGACAUUUGCUGGGACAUGCUGAUUCUCUUUUUGAAUUCUGCAACUUCAAAAACUUCUAAAAAACAAAAAUCAAAGAAAAAGGCACUAAAACAAAACAACACCAGACCUGCUCCCCUCUCCCCACGCGCAUGCACUGUGGCAGGCUCCCCUCUCCCCACGCGCAUGCACUGUGGCAGGCUCCCCUCUCCCCACGCGCAUGCACUGUGGCAGGCAGGCGCUUCACUUUAUUGACACAGCCCUUGCACUUUCAACAUUCUCAAUUUGUAUGUUUUAAAGAGUUUUUUUUGUUUGUUUUUUCGUGCUUUUCUCUGGAUGUCAAACCUUUUCCAACCCAGGUUAUUUUUUAGUUUGUAUUUUGUCACACCCCCAGAUUUCUCUCUUUCUUUUUUUCUUUCCUGGCCUUGUAUCCAUAUCUGUAACACUCCCAAGCAAGCAACACAGAAAUCUAAGCAAUGCCUGUCCUAGAGUAUUAAAAAAAAAAAAAAGAAAUAAUCCAUUGGUGGUGUUUUUGUCAUCUUUCUAAGACAAAUUGACAGCUCUUUUAAUAAAGUGCAUCUUGCUUGAAUAGAUACAGAUCUGUCUUUAAAUCCUUAUUUUUUGCAGACAAACCUGGCAUACACACUACCUGUUACCUGAUCUGUAUAUCUGUGUAAACUGAUAACUGGAAUGCUGUACUGUGAUCUGGGAUUACAGAGCAACAGGGAUAGCCUUAAGAUACCCAACUCUCCCUCACUGUAAAUAGCCAGCCGAGAAUUAUUAGGGCUUUCAUUCAGCGUCAUAAGGGGUUGUAUCUAUGGGAAAAACAGGUUUUGUGAGUGGCAGUCCUGGUUUUAACUAAAUGGAUUCAGAUUGCCUCCGUAGUCAAACACUGGUUAACAUCAAGCGAUCUCGUCCUGGGGGUUGUGUGGACUGGAUGGGAUCUCUGAAGAUGUAAUCGUUGUCCACCCAUUCCUGUUUUUUUUUUUUUUUGUAUUAUGUGUUUUUUUUUAUUUAAAGGGUUCUGUUUUGAGUGUGGUACGUUGUUAGACGCUCCCUGGGGGAGCGGGUCUGGGUUGGAAAGGGUUUCUGAUAGAAAACACAACCCGCUCCAGGACCAGGACUGCCCACUCAUUAGUGACUCUGUCUGGAGUCGGGCAGGGUUAGGCGCCCAGCAUGGUAUCAGUUUCCAAAGUAUUCUUGUGGUAUGAUUAUCAUGGUGUGCACUAAAACCUGCCUUAAAGACCUGAUCUGUAAGUCCUGUAUCAUUGAUUUGCAGUGGAAAUAUGCCUCCUGGUUAUCUGUGACUGCGUUGCAGUGCUUUUAGAUGUUAAGACAUGCUGACUGCCUUUUUGAAUUCCACAACUGGAAGCAGAUUCAGUUGGGUGUGUAUUAAUAGCUUCUGUCACCGCGGUAGUAGAAAGGUGUGGAUGAAACCCAUCUAGCAGUAAUAUCACUGGACAAUCUCAUUACCAUUGUAAAAAAAUAAGACAUGCUCCUGUUUUGUUGAUGCCUUCAGCAGAGCUCUGUCUGCACAGUGGCAGUUGCUGUUGAAAAUGUUGUAUUUCCUUGUGUGUGGGGUUAGGGAGAGUGGGGCGUGUGUGUGUGUUGGAAAAGGGAGAUUCAGUCAGCUGUGUGGAUAAACGUCUCUUAAAAUGAAGAACUACAUAAUAAAACUAGCAAACACAAACGUCUUAAGUUUUGUCUACGCUGGUAAUUCAUAGUGAUGUUCCGUCGAUGGAUACUCCUCUCAUUUUAGGCUCUAGAGUUUGUUUUUUUCUCUAUUCCAGAAUCCUGUGUGGUGACUCUAUACAUUUUGAACUGUAUGAUGUGUUAUUAUAUAAUUGGUAAUAAUUUGUUGUCCACAUUCCCUUUACGAUAAUAAAAUGUGACAGGCUGCUGUAUUUUUUGGUUUUGUGUAUCAAGAUGAAUGAAUAAAAAUAUAAGAAUUAAAACAA